AUGUCGUCACGUACCGUUUGGAGGAGCCUCCAAUUGAACGCCAGGAGGCGUAUAGUUGUGCCGGAGACUCCCUAUCGCUGCUUCUCCUGCACUCGACGCGCCCAGGAGCCACCCAAGUCCAACCAUGACGAUCGCAUGACCCAUUUCGGCUUCCAAAACGUCCCCGAGUCACAGAAGGAGUCUAUGGUGGGAGCCGUGUUCAGCUCCGUUGCUUCGUCCUACGAUGUGAUGAACGACAUGAUGUCGCUGGGCAUCCACCGCCUGUGGAAAGACCAUUUUGUCCGCUCAUUGAACCCCGGAUCUGCACUUCCAUCUCGCGAUCACGAUACGGCCGGCCGCGGUUGGAACAUUCUGGAUAUCGCCGGCGGGACGGGCGACAUCGCGUUUCGCAUGCUGGACCACGCGACGAACAUCAACCAUGACCUUGAAACCCGCGUAACGAUCGCCGAUAUCAACCCGGACAUGCUGGCAGAGGGUCAGAAGCGGAGCGUGCAGACUCCCUACUACAACACAAACCGACUGUCGUUCAUGCAGGGCAACGCACAGGAACUGCCCUCCAUCCCGGAUAACUCGGUGGAUCUUUACACGGUGGUGUUUGGAAUCCGCAACUUCACAGAUAAGCAGGCGGCUCUGGAGGAAGCGUUCCGGGUGUUGAAGCCCGGUGGUGUGUUUGCCUGCAUGGAGUUCAGCAAGGUCGACAACAGCCUGUUCAACGCGAUCUACAAACAGUGGAGUUUCAGCGCCAUCCCCAUGAUCGGCCAGCUGGUGGCGGGCGAUCGCGACAGUUACCAGUACUUGGUGGAGAGUAUUGAACAGUUCCCUAGCCAGGAGCAGUUCCGCGGCAUGAUCCAGAAGGCUGGCUUCAUGAUCCCGGGGCGUGGGUACGAGAAUCUGACGGGAGGAAUUGCGGCCAUCCACAAGGGUAUCAAGCCUCUUUCGCGGGCUUAA